UGGCUUUUCUUUCUUUUGAAACUAAAACGACCAUAACAAUAUAUAUCGACUUCUGAACAAUAUUGCCAAGAUGUGAUCCUUUAUGUAAAAGUAAACUCAAAGGCUGUUCGAAAAAUAUGUGAUUAGUUUUCGAGACAUUACUCCUUACUUGUUUCUUUUUAUUUCACGUUUUUGUUCAUAUAGACUCAAUAUGACAAUCAUUUUAUUAUAUAUCCAAUACGUCCUGAAUGCUCAUUAUCAUAUUCGCGAUCAUCAGAAACAUAUAUGCUUACGAAAGAAAAUCAGUUUUUUUUAUUUAUGAUUCGUUUACGUCGAGCAACUGAUGAACAUGAACUCGGAAUAUUUUUUAACAUCUCUCAAACCACUGUUAGCCGGAUUAUUAUUGCAUGGACUCGAUUUAUAUAUUCAGUCGUUAGUUCAAUCUCACUUUGGCCGUCAAAGGAACAGGUGCAACAAAAUCUGCCAUUUGAAAUCAAAAAAAAUUAUCCAUUAGUACGUGUAAUCGUGGACUGCACUGAGUUUGAAAUUGAACAACCAACUAAUCCUCAAGCUCAACAAAACACUUGGUCCACAUAUAAAAAUACAAAUACUGCUAAAGCACUUGUUGGUAUUACACCAAAUGGAGUAGUAUCCUAUAUUUCACCUCUUUAUGGUGGUGCUACAUCUGACCGUAGCCUUCUCAAUAUGAUCGGUGCCGGAAGUCUUAUAGAAUUAAUGGAGCCUGGUGAUCAAAUAAUGUCUGAUCGUGGUUUUGCUCUUGAUCAUCAACACUCACAUUUAACUCUCAUUCAUCCACCAUUUCUAGAGGGCAAGUCACAACUGUCACCCUCAAAAGUUAUCGAAACUCGCAUCAUUGCUCGACAUCGUAUUCACGUAGAAAGAUGUAUGGGAAGAAUAAAAAACUAUAAAUUACUCAAUGGUGUUAUUCCAAUGAAACAAGAAAUAACACAACAUUAUGAAGCAAACCCAGGUUUUCGUACCUUUAGCAGUAUUUGUAUUUU